AUGACUAAAGUAAAAACAGCCGUCUUUUCGGUAAUUGCUACUUCAAUUAUUACGGUAACCUUUAUAUUUACGCAAGUACAUCAUUUUUUUGAUUCUGUUACAAUGAUAAAAUAUAAGCUUGCCGCGAAUAUGGAUGAAUUCAUGAUUAUGCAAGAUCAAAUUUGGGUGGAACUGAAAGAAGCCCGAAUUAUGCCACCAACGACACAAAGACGUUUGGCUCGUCAAAUACCGGAUCCAAAAUGCAAUUGCGACACAUCGAAUCGCUGUCCACCAGGUCCGCCUGGUAGACCAGGUAUGGAUGGAAUGGAUGGCAUGCCUGGUCAACCAGGUCCACCAGGUGAAUCUGGUGUUCCAGGAAUUUCUGUACCAAUUCAGCCACCGAAAGAUUAUGCUUCAUGCAGGGUAUGCCCAUCAGGACCAAUUGGUCAUAUAGGAUAUCCGGGACCACCAGGAUCGCCAGGAACACCGGGUAUACCUGGAAGUGACGGUCUUCCAGGGCAUCCGGGUCAACCUGGCCAAAUUGGACCACCAGGCGAAAAUGGAGAACUAGGGCCACCUGGCAAAGAAGGACCACCUGGACCUCCAGGACGAGAAGGAGUACGUGGACUUCCAGGUGCAACAGGAGAACCUGGUUCACGUGGUCAGAUCGGACCUAAAGGUUUCAUAGGCCCUCCAGGGAAUAUGGGAAGUCAAGGGGCACAAGGUCCACCAGGACCACAAGGAGAUUCUGGGCAACCAGGUCAACGUGGAUAUAUUGGUAGUGUCGGUAAUCCUGGUCUCGAGGGUUCACCAGGUGAAGAUGCCGGAUAUUGCUCAUGUCCAAAUCGGCGCAUAAGGAAAAUUGUCAAAGUAGCAGCUACUACAUCUUAG